AUGUUCUAUCGCUUUUUGGCUCUCUCUUUCACCAUCAAGCACGUUCUAGCUAUGGGCAAGACCUCUGGUGACUACGAGGCCGCCACACCUGACGAGUACUGUCAGGAGUCCUGUGCUGAGACGGCUGGUUGUGAGCAGUCCUAUUGCAAGGAGAAUGGCCAUUGCUUCGGAUUGUAUCAUAAGGGUGGCAUGAGGUGUUAUCAACCCGGUGUCGAGGAUAACGGUUGCAACGAGUUUUCCUACGAGCCGGUCAGAUGUCACGAGUCUCCUCCGUCGCCUUGUCAUGAUGUCUGCUCCUCCAUCGAUGGUUGUAGGACCUCUGGGUUAGGGACGUACUGCAAAUUCUGGUUGGACACUCCAGUAUGUUAUGGAAUUGUUAGGAGAGAUGAUGGUAGCUUGUGUUUUGUGGCGACUGAUGAGGCAUGCGAAGGUGAUCCUCACCCCUGUGGUUCCCAGAUCGAGCCCCCCGUUGAAACUCCUGAGCCCCCGGUAGAGACCACCGAGGCUCCUGUCGAUACCACCGAGGCUCCUGUCGAUACCACCGAGGCUCCUGUCGAUACCACCGAGGCUCCUGUCGAUACCACCGAGGCUCCUGUUGAUACCACCGAGGCUCCUGUUGAUACCACCGAGGCUCCUGUCGAUACCACCGAGGCUCCUGUUGAUAUCACCGAGGCUCCUGUCGAUACCACCGAGGCUCCUGUCGAUACCACCGAGGCUCCGGUCGAUACCACCGAGGCUCCUGUCGAUACCACCGAGGCUCCUGUCGAUACCACCGAGGCUCCUGUUGAUACCACCGAGGCUCCUGUCGAUACCACCGAGGCUCCUGUCGAGACCACCGAGGCUCCUGUCGAGACCACCGAGGCUCCUGUUGAUACCACCGAGGCUCCGGUCGAUACUACUGACGCGUCAACAAACACAGGAGAUCCAUCUCAAUCGAGCACGACCAACGUCGUUGGGGAUUGGUGCGGUGACACUCCUCUUGGUCCCAUGAAAGUGACCCUCAGCGAGGACGGGAGCUUGUUUCUUGUCGUGUCUGGUCAGCCGUUCACCGCUACCUAUUAUCUUGACGGAAAUGAUAUCGUUAUCCAGAAUCCUGAUCCGGCACUGCAGAGUCUUCUCACUGCGCUGGGUACUAGCCUACUCACGACGUACACGUCGGAAGGCAUUCAAGUGGAACUUGUUAAUAUUCUAUCCUCUAUAUUGUCUAAUUGCUAA